ACUCGUUAGAUACUGCGGUACUCCAUCGCUGGAAAAUCCACCACCACCCGAGAGGAAGCGCUGACUUUUGUCUUUUCGGCAAACUUUUCUUCCAAGUUCAACUCGAAAGUAUCCCACAGUCACAGAUUCACCGUGUGGAAAGCCAUGGAGAAGGGGACCCAAACCAAAUUUCCCACAGUGAAGUUGGGAUCCCAGGGACUAGAGGUAUCCAGGUUGGGUUUCGGGUGCUGCGGUCUUACCGGAAUCUUCAACGCGCCGGUGACCGACGAGUCCGGGAUCUCCAUCGUCCAGGAUGCCUUCAACAAAGGGAUCACCUUUUUCGACACCGCCGACGUUUACGGAGGUGGUAGCAACGAGAUAUUGGUCGGAAAGGCAUUGAAGCAAUUACCUCGAGAAAAGAUCCAGUUAGCCACAAAAUUUGGCAUCGCCAAGUAUGAGAAUGAUGUUCUCGAGAUCAAGGGAGCGCCGGAUUAUGUGCGCGCAUGCUGUGAGGCGAGCCUCCUGCGCUUGGGCGUGGAGUACAUCGAUCUCUACUAUCAGCACCGGGUCGAUCCGUCCGUUCCCAUUGAAGAUACUAUGGGGGAGCUAAAGAAGUUGGUGGAAGAGGGAAAAGUGAAGUACGUCGGGCUGUCGGAGGCCAGCCCGGACACCAUUCGGCGUGCCCAUGCUGUGCAUCCUAUCACUGCUGUUCAGAUGGAGUGGUCUCUCUGGACCCGCGAUAUCGAGGAGGAAAUCGUCCCGCUCUGCAGGAACCUUGGCAUUGGAAUAGUUACAUAUAGCCCUCUUGGCAUUGGUUUUUUUGCUGGGAAAGCGAGUGUAGAAAGCUUGCCUGCUGAAAGUCUAUUGGCUUACCAUCCAAGGUUCUCAGGAGAUAACUUAGAGAAGAACAAGAUUCUAUAUGCACGCUUGGCAAACUUGGCUGCAAAGCAUCAUUGUAGCACUGCUAACCUAGCUCUAGCUUGGCUUCUGCAUCAAGGGAAUGAUGUUGUUCCUAUCCCAGGCACUACCAAGAUCAAGAACUUGGAUGACAACAUUGGCUCUCUAAAAGUCAAACUUACCAAAGAGGACUUGAAAGAAAUUUCCACUGCUUUGCCGGCCAACGAAGUCGCAGGUCCUAGAACUGCUGGAGCUUUCUUGUCAUAUGUGUGGCAGUUAGCAAACACUCCUACAAAAGCUGAUAAUUUAUCUUCUUAACAUGUUCUUGCAAUUCAGGCUUCUGAACUGUUGUCGAUGAAUAUUGUGACCUGAAAGACUGAUGUAAUGGUGCCAAACAUAGGAGCAACUUGAUAACAAUUCCAUGAUCUGUGAUUUCGAACUUCAGUAAAAUUAGAUGGAAAUUUGCCUCUUAGAAUAA